AUGGAUGAUGAUCAUGAUGCAUUAUUUGAUGAAAAUUCGCUAUCUGAUAGUGGAAUUGAUGUAACAGCAGAUGAUGAUAUAGCUGAAGAAACUAUAGUUGAUCAAAUUUUUGAUGAAAAAUUAGAAGCUGAACUUGAAGAAGGAAAUAAAAUUGCAUCUGAACCUGCAGAAGCUCCUUUACCUGAAGAUGAAGAAACAGAUUCGAGUGAUAGUGGUGUUAAUGAAAGUAUUACUUCGGAUAUUGAUCAAAGAGAUUCACAUAAUCCUCCACGUGAUGUACAGAUGUUUACAAAUCUUGGACGUAGUAAACAUAGAAGAAAAGUAGUUGAUGGAAGAGAUUCUCCAAAUCCUCCAUGUAUUGCACAAAUGAUUACAAGUCCUAGUUCUGGACGUGGUCGAUUUGGAAAGAAAGCGCUUGAUGAAAAUAAUCAAGAAUUACCACCACCUAGUAUCACUUCUUUUAAGCAAGAAGAUUAUUAUUCAAAACCUGCACGAAUCGCAAGACUACCACCUUCAUACUAUCGAAAUCGACAAGAUCCAUCAGUAGCGAAUGUACGUCGCACACGUUUCGCAGAGUCUCCAUUAAUUAAUUUUCAAGCAACAUUUAAUCAAAUAUUAAUUAUUGUAGAUCAAGAUGAUUUAGAAGAUAAAAGCUACCUGCAUGCAUGUAAAUGUCUACAAGAACAAUUGCCUGACGAUAUUAAACUUGAUUUAAAAAAACCUCAUUAUGAUAUUUGGAGUUUUGGUUUAUAUAUCUAUAAAAUAGAUUUCGAACACCCUUUGAGUUUCGAUCUUCUCAAGAUUUCUCCUCAACAAACUGAUAAUGAAGAAAAACGUCCAUACUGGUUUACGUUUAAACGGAAGCCUACGUUUCAAGAUUCUAUUAUACGUGAAAAAGUUUCAAAAAAACCUGAUGAACGUCCUGGAACAUGUGUUAGACUUAGUCGUUCAAUAUAUUCAGAUCUAUCUUAUGGUGCACUAACAUCAAUGAACUAUUUUUAUGUUUCUGAUGAUUAUAUAAUUCGUAAGAAAAGUAUAUGGUCAUUACUUUUUCAUGAAGAACGUCUUGAAAUUCACACAAAUUCAUUUGAAAAAUUAUCUAAUGAUACAGAUCCAAUAAUGAAACAAAUAAAAUAUAGAAUAUCGCCCGAUAUUAUUGAUCGUGCAGCUAUUAUUCAUUUGUGGAAUGAUGGGUUUAGUUUAUUUUUGAAUAUGAAAGGAAAUGUUCAUGAGUUCAAUCGAGAACGCAAACCAAAAUAUGCGGACGAUGGAGAGAGAAUAUGGUUUAAACGACAAGGAAAACGUGAUCGUAAAAUAAUGCCUUCAUUUUCAACGAUUCGUUUACGAAUACGACUUAAAAAUACCGAAUCAAUAACUGAAUGUCUUGAAAAAGACGGAAAAAUAGUAAAAGAUAUGUCUGAUAAUGAUAAAGACAAAAUUUUAAAAGAUACUACUGCUGAAUUACUGAAACAAAUACGAGAAACAUUUAGAAAUUUAUUAGAUUUUUUUUAUAACAAUCGUAUUCAUGUUUGUUUUGGUUCAAUAAAAACAAAAAAUAUAUCUUUACAACAAAUAGAAACCCUUAACAACCACAUGUUUCCAACAUUUAUUCAAUCAUAUUCAUGGGCUAUGUUAUGUAGUAUUGGUUUUCGUGUACAAGUUCAAUUAUAUCGUUCACAACAAUCUAUUAAUCAAUUACAUGAAUAUUCCAAAGUGGUGUAUGAAGACGAAAACGAACAAGAGAUUGACAAUCGUUUUUAUAGUUUAUGUAUUUAUCUACAUCGUCGUACGUCAGAAUAUUUUUUUCUUGAUUUUAAUACAGAAAUUCAAAUUGGUAUUGAUAUCUAUAAAGCCAAACAUCAACAAUACAAAGCCAAUAAACGUCCAGUACCUAUAUUUAACAAGUCAUGUACAUCAACAGCUUAUGUUCCAUCUAUAGUUUUAACACCAACAACAAUAAAAAUUCGUCCAUUAAAAUUAUGUAAAUUAAAUCGUGUUCUUCGUGAAAAAGAAUUUGGUGGUGUUUUAAAUUUUGCUCUGGUUGAAUUACGUGAUGAAGCUCAACGUUUACUUUUUCCAUCUGUAUUUCGAUCAUUGAAAGAUCAAAUAUUAGAAUAUUUAAAAGAUGGAUUUGAUUUAACAUCAACAAGAAAAUAUAAAUAUCUACAUCAUUCUCAAAGUCAAAUAAAAACUAAGCAAUUUUGGUUUUAUUAUCACAAUAAAGAAGAGAAACGUCUUUCACAUGAAGAUGCUUAUACUUGGAUGGGGAAUUUUGACAAAGAGCGUAUUGUGGCUAAACAUGCUGCACGUAUUGCUCUGUGUUUUACAAGUACAGAUGCAACAAUUCAGAUUAAGGCAGAAACAGUCACCUAUGUUCGUGAUAUAAAAGAUCCAACAGGUGAAUAUACAUUUACUGAUGGUGUUGGAACAAUUUCAACACAACUUCGUGAUGAGAUCAAAGACUUCUUAGAUCCUUAUGGUAACCGUCGCAGCUUUAGCGUUUUACAAAUUCGAUACGGCGGUUGUAAAGGAACUCUUUCUGUGGAUUCAAGACUUGAUGGACAACGAUAUCAAUUGCAAAUUCGAGAUUCAAUGAAUAAAUUUACUACUGAUCAUGAUAUACUUGAAUUAUGUAAAUUAUCAGCACCGCGUCCUCUGUUUCUGAAUCGACAAGAUAUUGUGUUACUUGAAAGUCGUGAUAUACCUCAUGUAAAUUUUCUUAAUCUUCAAAACGAACAUCAUUUUUGGCUUGUCUGUGCAUUAUUAAAACCAGAAAAUGCUUAUAAAUUAUUACAAGAAAAACUAUUACCUGUAUUCAAACUUCGUAAAAUAGCUCGAAAUAUAAAUAUUGUUGAAGAGCCGUUUUUUAUUAAAUUAAUAAUAACAUGCGCAUUUAAUAUUAUACGUGAAUUAUUGGAUAGAACAAGAAUAUAUAUAUCCGAUGAAGAUGCUAGAAAUAUGUUUGGUAUUGUUGACGAAUAUGGUGUACUUGAAAACGAGCAAGUAUUUAUUCAAUAUUCACCGAUGCGUCAAAAUAAAUUAUAUUUUUCCAAAGAAGAAGAAGAAAACGAUAUUCAACCUAGAGUUAUAACCGGAAAAGUUAUUGUUACAAAAAAUCCAUGUCAUCAUCCAGGUGAUUUAAGAGUAUUUGAUGCUGUUGACCAUAAGAAGUUACACGAUCUAGUAGAUGUCAUAGUUUUUCCACAAAAAGGCCCUCGGCCACAUCCAAAUCAAAUAUCUGGAUCUGAUUUAGAUGGAGAUGAAUAUGUUGUUAUAUGGCUUAAAGAUUUAAUACCAACAACACCUAAUGUAGAUGCAUAUAAGUAUGAUUCUCAAGAAGACCCACCUAAAAUGAAUCGACCAAUAACUCGAGAUGAUAUUAAUCAAAUUGUUAUGGAAGUUAGUGAACAAGAUUGUCUUGGAAGUUUAUCAAAUAUUCAUUUAGCUUAUGCUGAUAAAGAAAAAGAAGGUAUUAAAUCUGAAGUAUGUACAAAUUUAGCUGGAUGGAUUUCGCAAGAAGUUGAUGCAGCGAAAACUGGUAAACAUCCAUUAACAGAAGAACAAAUUGUUGAACUUAGAGAGAAUUUUGGAACAAAAUGGCCCGAUUUUAUGAAAGCUCGAGGAAAAAAAGACUACUAUCCAUCAGAACGUAUUCUUGGUAAAUUAUAUCGUUCAGCGCGUCGUGCUGCAAAUGGUUGGGUUCGAGCAAUAAGUAAUUAUGGUAAUGCACGUCAUAUACAAGAAGCUCUGACAUUAACUUCUGAUCCUAAUAAAAAGGAUCAAGAAAACGAUGAAACUAUUAUUAGAAUGGAUAUCUCACCAAAUUAUACGCAAACACUUGAUCCAUAUAUAAAACAUAAAGAUUAUCAACAUUAUCUUCCUGAGAUAAAACGUUUAUAUCGAAUUUAUCAAAGUGAAAUACUUGAAAUAAUAAGUCUAUAUCGAUUUCACGAUGAGAUUGAUCUUCUCUGUCGUUGCGAUUCUAUGGAUACAUCAGGUGGUAAAAAAGGUGGUAUUGAAGAUUCCGCUGCAAUAGAAGUAAAAAAUUUAAUUCAAAGAACUAUCCGAGCAUUUUUCGCUGAAUUCGAUGAGCGACGUGAUAAAUACAAAUGCUGUACAGUUAGAAUUGACCCAACUUCUUCUCGUAGAAAAACAAUCGAUUGUAACACCUGCAAAAGCAAAAAACAAGCUAAAGCAGCGUGUGCUUAUAUUUAUACUUAUGAAAAAAGCAAUCGACUACCACCAAAAUCUACUCAACGUGUACUAAGUUAUCCUUGGCUUUUUGCCAAAUAUCUUAUUGGAUUAAGAUACCUUAAUAGACCAGAAGGUUUCGCUGAUCAAUCAGAUAAUAUUAUGCUUCAAGCAUGUGUCUCAUAUCUUAAUGAAUUUAACCCAAGAUUUAAAGUAUUUGUUUCAACAAACUCACUGAAUAUUCAAUUCGCUGAUUUACAUUAUGAAGAAGUCAAAGAAAAACCAUCAAGUCUAUUAUUAAGGACUAAAAGAUCAGACGAGAAAACUUGUUCUGUUUCAUUACUUCGUAUUUUGUUUAUUGAAAUUUUAAAUGAUUGGUUCAUAAAACAAAAAAUAUUUGGUAACGAAUGCAAAGAAACUGAUCAAAAACCUUUAAUACCUGAGUCUAUUUGGCAAGAAUUAGUUAUACAUUUUCUCACUGGCACAUAUCAAUCAGAUGUCAGAGUUUCAUCGUUCUCAAAAUAUCAAAAUUCAAUCAUGGAACAAUAUAGUCAGAGAAUUAAAAACUAUUGUCAAGACUGGUCAAAUACCGAAUCUAUAGAAUUAUAUGAGAUGUUUGGCGAAUUGCAUUCACUUAUUAUAGAACAUACUAAAAGAACAAAAUCAACACUAUGGUCAUAUCUAGAUGAAUAUAUUAUAUUGGCUUUACAAUGUAUUGGAAUUGAAAAGCAACUGACUGAUAAAUGGAUCUUCCUAAAAGAUUCUACUUAA